AUGACGGCGACCGCAAAUAAUCCUUUCCAACAUUUAGUGCAGCCCCUGGACCCUGCACAACCGGACCAAUGCUUUUUCAAUCUGACCAAACUCACAGACCCCAGAUAUGAGCGCCUGCCCUUCUCCAUCCGCGUCCUGCUGGAGUCUGCGGUGAGGAACUGUGACGAGUUCCUAGUGAAGCGCUCAGACGUGGAGAGCAUCCUGGACUGGAAGAACACACAGACACAGAUCGUGGAGGUGCCCUUCAGACCGGCACGAGUCAUUCUGCAGGACUUCACAGGCGUCCCUGCGGUGGUGGACUUUGCCGCCAUGCGCGACGCGGUCACCAAACUGGGGGGAGAUCCAGAGAAGAUCAACCCUGUGUGUCCCGCCGACCUGGUCAUCGAUCAUUCCAUCCAGGUGGAUUUCAACAGGAAGUCCGACAGCCUUCAGAAAAAUCAAGACUUGGAGUUUGAGCGCAACAAAGAACGCUUCCAGUUUUUAAAGUGGGGCUCGAAAGCUUUCAGAAACAUGCGCAUCAUUCCUCCGGGCUCCGGCAUCGUCCACCAGGUCAACCUCGAGUACUUGGCUCGAGUCGUGUUCAACUACGAGGGCUUCCUGUACCCGGACAGUUUGGUGGGCACGGACUCUCACACCACCAUGAUCGACGGCCUGGGGGUCCUGGGCUGGGGUGUUGGCGGUAUAGAAGCAGAGGCUGUGAUGCUGGGGCAGCCUAUCAGCAUGGUCCUGCCUCAGGUGGUGGGCUACAAGCUGUCUGGGACCCCCGACAAACUCAUCACCUCCACUGACAUCGUCCUCACUGUUACAAAGCAUCUGCGUCAGGAGGGGGUCGUGGGGAAGUUUGUGGAGUUCUUCGGUCCUGGAGUGGCUCAGCUGUCCAUCGCAGACAGAGCCACCAUCGCAAACAUGUGUCCGGAGUACGGAGCCACAGCCGCCUUCUUCCCUGUGGACGAGGUCAGCAUGCAGUACCUCAAGCAGACAGGUCGUGAAGAAGAGAAACUGGAUUAUAUCAGGAAGUACCUGAAGUGUGUGUCUAUGUUCAGAGACUACACUGACGUCUCCCAGGACCCGGACUUUACUCACGUUGUGGAGUUGGACCUGUCCUCGGUGGUCCCCUGCUGCAGCGGCCCCAAAAGGCCCCAGGACAGAGUCGCCGUCUCAGACAUGAAGACAGACUUCGAGAGCUGCCUCGGAGCCAAGCAAGGCUUCAAGGGUUUCCAGGUGGACCCCCGCAGUCACAACACUCUGGUUCCCUUUGAGUUCAACGGGACCAAGUACGAGCUCGGACACGGCUCAGUGGUGAUCGCCGCCAUCACCAGCUGCACCAACACCAGCAACCCCUCUGUCAUGCUGGGAGCAGGUCUUUUAGCUAAGAAGGCGAUCGAACACGGCCUGAGUGUGAAACCUUACAUAAAGACGAGCUUGUCGCCGGGCAGCGGAGUGGUCACGUACUACCUUAAGGAGAGCGGCGUCAUGGACUUCCUGUUCCAGCUCGGGUUCGAGGUGGUGGGAUACGGCUGCAUGACCUGCAUCGGGAACAGUGGGCCUCUGCCAGAACCAGUGGUGGAGGCCAUAACACAGGGAGACCUGGUGGCGGCUGGAAUCCUCUCUGGAAACAGGAACUUUGAAGGUCGAGUUCACCCCAACACCAGAGCCAACUAUCUGGCCUCUCCUCCGCUGGUUAUCGCCUACGCCAUCGCCGGCACUAUCAGGAUAGACUUUGACACGGAGCCCAUAGCCACCAACAGCGACGGUAAAGAGGUGUAUCUCCGCGACAUCUGGCCGACGCGUGAAGAGAUCCAGGCGGUGGAGACGACGUACGUGAUCCCCUCCAUGUUCAAGGAGGUCUACGAGAAGAUCGAGAAAGUGAACGAGCGCUGGAAUGCUCUGGUGGCUCCAGCCGAGAAGCUCUACACCUGGGACCCAGACUCCACCUACAUCAAGUCUCCACCGUUCUUCGAGGGAUUGAGUAUGGAGCUGCAGCCUCCCAGAUCCAUCAUAAACGCUCACGUGCUCCUGAACUUUGGAGACUCCGUGACCACAGACCACAUCUCUCCUGCUGGAAACAUCGCCCGCACCAGCCCUGCAGCGCGCUUCCUCACCACCAGGGGUCUGACUCCGAGAGAAUUCAACUCGUACGGCUCCAGACGAGGGAACGACGCCGUCAUGGCCAGAGGGACCUUCGCCAACAUCCGUCUGUUCAACAAGUUCCUGAACAAACAGGCGCCGCAGACGCUGCACCUGCCGACCGGAGACAUCAUGGAUGUGUUCGACGCCUCUGAGCGAUAUCAGCGCUCCGGAGUGCCGCUGCUGGUUCUGGCCGGGAAAGAAUACGGAUCAGGAAGUUCAAGAGACUGGGCAGCGAAGGGCCCCUUUCUUCUGGGCAUCAAGGCGGUGCUGGCAGAGAGCUACGAGCGAAUCCACCGCAGUAACCUGGUGGGGAUGGGGGUGAUCCCUCUGGAGUACCUCCCUGGAGACACGGCCGACAGCCUGGGCCUCACCGGCAGAGAGCGCUACACUGUGGUCAUCCCAGAGAAGCUCACGCCCAGGAUGAAGAUCGAUAUUAAGCUGGACACGGGUAAAACAUUCCAAGUUCUGAUGAGGUUCGACACCGACGUGGAGUUGACGUAUUUCCAUCACGGAGGAAUCCUCAACUACAUGAUCCGAAAGAUGUCCCAGAACUGA